UCCCUAGAGAAGUGAGCAUAUCCUACUUUGAACCAGUCUGGUCUAGUCACAUGUUUGUGACAUGACUACAUUCUGACACGACUUAUUUAAAGAAGGAGUUUAUGAAUGAGCCCAAAGAUUACUUUCUGUUUCGGGAUAGACCCGGGAGGUUUUUUAAAGGUUUUUUUUUUUUUUUUUUUUUUUUUUUAUUAUUAUACUGUGAGUUUUCUCUCACUUGGUAUGAUGGAGGAGAGCUUCCCUUUUCAUUACACUUUAUUGGAGUAUCUGUUUACUUUGUUAGGACUGUUAUUGUUCCUGCUGGAUAUAGCGCUGGACAUUUGGACUGUUGUGUCAUUCUAUCAGGAUGGGUCCUAUGUGUAUAUGGCAGUGAUGAUCUUUCUGCUGCUGGGCUCUUCAGUGUUGUUACAGGUGUUUAGCUGGCUCUGGUACUCUGAGUUACUGGAGAAGAUUGAGACUAAGGUGGAGAAGUUUACAGCCCGGCAUUCAUUGAUCAAACCAUUCCACUUCCUACAGCUUGGAGUCUACCUCAGGUAUGCUGGAGUGAUAGAGAUCUCCACAACACAUUUUCUUCAGCACACUAAUAGUUUCACAGAGGGUAUAGCUGUGUACCUGAGCCAUGAUCUUCAGAUGCUUCGUCUUUUUGAGACAUUCUCUGAAAGUGCCCCACAACUCACACUCAUGAUGUCUAUAAUCCUACAGAGAGGAGAGCUGGAGCUUAUGACAGGUUUAAAAAUCCUCACAUCAGCUGCUGCAAUUUCCAGUAGCGUUGCUAUGUACCACCGCAACAUGCGUGCCUUUCUUCCCAAAAAACGCAAGAUGAGUUGGAUCUCCACCGGUGUCUACUUCCUGUGGAACUUGUUGCUGAUCAUUCCCCGUGUAACUGCUCUGGCACUCUUCUGCAGUGUAUUGCCAUGCUACAUCAUAGCUCACUUCCUGUCCCUGUGGAUGCUGCUGGUUUUAGCCGCCUGGAGCCAGAAAACAAAUUACAUGGAACAUUCUGGUUGGGAAUGGCUCUACAGAGCUUCUGUUGGACUCAUCUGGUACUUCUGCUGGUUUAAUAUAUCAACAGGAAGCAUAAAAUUUAAGUCAAUUCUCUAUUAUAGCUUCAUGGCUUUAGACACAAUGAUGCUGCUGGGCUUCUGGUGCUGGAGGGUGUUUGAGUAUGCAGGCUGCUGGAGAUCCUUAAACCCGUAUAUGGUGAUUCCGACACUACUGGGUUUGUACGCCAUUGGAAUACUAAUGAAAAUUAUGUACUACAGGUAUUUUCAUCCCAACUGUGAUGAAAAGAAAAUCACUGAACCCACUGAAGAAGGGCAAUUCAGUCAAGUGGAACUAUGUUUUGACCAAUUCAGUGCAGUGGAACUAUGUUUUGACCAAUUCAGUCAAGUGGCAAGUUCUGUUGUGACGGGUUCGGGAAAUAAUUCACGUCACACUAGAGCUGCAGCUACUGCUCAAACUUUAGCUGGAGUUCCCAAUAGACAUAGGAAAAUGGCUGCUAACUUAUUCUCUUAGUUCUUGGUUCUACUUGUUAAAAUGCACCCCCCCCCCAGUACAUACAGAAAUGUUUUGAUAAAAUACUGUAGCAUUUUAAAUGAUCUUUCUGAAAAAAAAUAAAUCAUUUUCUCAUCUCUGAAAACAGUGUUAUAGUUUAUGUUGUGUAAAUAAUUAAUAAUAUGGAUUUCCUUUGUUUGACACAUUUCUGCUUACAACAUGCUUUCAAACAUUUAAGAGAGCAAGAUGGUAAAACUGAGCUGGUUUUGACUAUUGGAGUAGGGUUGGAGACAUUUGUUGAUACAGCAUUUUAAUACAAUACUCAACAUGGGUGAUGACAAGAAAGGAACAUAGGAAAAUAAUUCAGUAUGCAGUUCUGAAUGUAAUGAGACCAUUAUUAUGAUUAUUGACCAAGCCAUUUAUAAAUUAUAAGCAGACAUGUCAAAUGUCUAUAUAUUUUGACCAGUAGGUGGCACUAGGCUGAAACGACUCAUAUGCCCUCAGGUCAUGCUUGUUAUAAAACAUACCAAGUUUGUUCAUAAUCCUCUGCAGUAUUGUGGAAAUGUAGCCUAAUGUCCAUUUUUGCAAAAACUACAUCAAAUUCGUUAAUGCACUUUACGAAAAUUGUUUAGUAGCAGAGCUGAUGCUCCCUAUACGCAAAGUAUGCAAGCUGCCCCCUUGCUCCGAAAGAUGAUUUAAGUUUAGUUUUGUUUUUGAAUUUGGCCAGUGGUUAUGAAAACAUGAAUGAUUAUUUAUUUUGUUGCGGUGCGCUGUAAAAUUUUUCAAAUCAUGUAACGUGAAUGUCAAACUGUCUUACUCGAGACAAAAAAAUCAACAUCUCUGUGUUUUUUUUUUUUAAGUGUCAAAAUUUUGAAUCAAUUACAGUAGGAUCAAAAAAGAGUCCUCUAAGAAUC